CACGACCUCACUGCUGCUCACUUGCAGGGCAACAACAAUACCAACAACAUUUACAGCUGGCCCCAAGCUUAUCAUACUCCUGGAGAUCUGACACGGCGGAAUGAUCCCCAUCUCGAGCGUUCGGUCCCCAACGAUCAGCGCAACCAGCCUCCCCAUGGCCACCUCCGCCUCUGAGCGCUACAAUGCGCUCGUGGCAUGGGUCGAGGCUGCUGGCGGCAGUCUGCACCCGGCUGUUGAGAUAUACAUUGAUGAGGACACUGAGGGCUCGCUACGAGUUAAACAAGGCCAAUCGAUCUCUCCUGGGGACUCGAUCGUCAAGCUACCUCUCGUCAGGUCUCUGUCCUUCCUCAACGCCAUCAGCGGGCACCCAGACUUCCCCGCGGCCGCAUCACUGGGUGUGGCGGCACCAAAUAGCAACGGCGCCAUUUCAGAAGGAGAAUCUCUAGCGGGAGCGACUUUUUUUCCAACGAGAUUCUUGAGAGAAACACCGCCCCACGUCAUUGGUAGAUUCUUCCUCAUCCAGCAGCAUCUCCUAGGCGCAGCAUCACCAUGGGCACCGUAUAUCCAGACUCUGCCCCAACCAGAGAGCAAUACAGGGGGCCUAUUACCGUGUGCAUGGCCGGCAGAGGAUGUUGAAUGCCUCUGUGGAACCAACGCCUAUGUUGCCGUCCAAGAGAUCAACGCAACCCUCGAGAAUGAGUAUACCGCAGCGAUCCAGUUGUUGUCUUCAGCCAUUUCGGACAGUAACAACGGCGUCAAGGCGACGGAAUACACGGCAGAGCUAUACAAGUGGGCGUACUGCAUCUUUGCAAGCCGUAGCUUCCGGCAGUCCCUCACCAUCCCCGCGGCCACGGCUCUGUCACUAACAGCAAAACCGGACGACUUCUCCGUGCUGCUGCCACUGUUCGACAUGGGCAAUCACCACCCUCAGGCUAAGACGGCGUGGAAGACUCCUGAGGAGAGCAACAGCAGCGAAGCAGGCAAGCCCGCGUUCUGCGAGCUCCAGACGGGCCAGCCGUACUCCUCUGGACAGCAAGUCUUCAACAACUACGGCGCCAGCAAGACCAACGCGGAGCUGCUACUGGGCUACGGCUUCGUCCUAGCCGAAUCGGACGAGUUCCAUAACGACUACGUGCACAUCAAGACGCGGCCGGGCGCCACACAGCAUCUGUCCCCCGAGCAACAACUCGCCUCGACGCACCUCGUAUCCCUGCAGCCCAUCUCAGAUCCGAGCUCACUCGCAGUGCGUGCGAGGUCUCUAACAAAUCCAAACCCAGACCGCAUCAUGAGCUGCUACACACACGUGCAGGACUCGCUCGUCGCAUCGCUGUACGAGGCUGUCUGUCAGGCAAAAGGGCUCUCCUCUGCUGUUGGCAGCAGCGGCGGCGGCGUCACGCUCGCGAAGAUCCUGGCUGGCGAUAUCCCCGACGAGUUGACAGACGAAAUUAUCAACGCGCUGGGGACGAAGUUGAGUAUCGAUCUGGAGAAGAUUGAGGCUGCCGAGGCCGAGCAGGGAGGGGAGGCAGCGCCGCGCAAUGGGAACCAGGAGCUGGCGCUAUUAUAUCGGCGGCAGUGUAAGCGCGUAUUGGAGAAUGCCCUUGCUAGUCUAUCUGGAGAGGAGUACGAGGCCGAGAGCGAGGAAGAGGAGUGAUGGUGGGCCAAUGACUGCACUUUGUGACACCUCGAGAUCAUGGGUUGGCAGCACAAGGUUGACAAGAUGGGAGCAAACAAACUCUUCUCAUGAACCAAGUCUGAUACUAGUGUGCGCUCAAAAUCACGCCGAGGGGCACAGGGCGAUCCUCGAUGUUGAAGUUCAAAUAGUUGAUGGAUUCCUCCCACGGGAUGGAACACCGCGAGAAAAGAGGACUUGCGAAAGUUCUGGAACAGAGCCUCCAAGUUUGCCAUUGGGUGCUUCUUGUACGGAACGUUUUCCUCGCCGAGCUCUCGAGCAGCAUGUCAUGACCAGCUGAUUCUCCGCAAAUAUAUACCUCGAAACAUGCGUUC